GUAGUUUUCGUUCCCAACUACAAUGUAUCAGUGGCGGAGAUCCUUAUUCCAGGAAGUGAGUUAUCGCAGCAUAUUAGCACAGCAGGCAUGGAGGCAAGUGGCACAAGCAACAUGAAAUUUGCACUCAAUGGAUGCCUUAUUAUAGGAACAUUGGAUGGUGCUAAUGUGGAAAUCAGGGAGGAAAUUGGGGAGGAGAAUUUUUUUCUCUUUGGUGCAACAGCAGAUGAAGUCCCUCACUUGCGCAAAGAAAGAGAGAAUGGACUGUUUAUGCCUGACCCUAGGUUUGAAGAGGCGAAACAGUUUAUAAGAUCUGGAGCGUUUGGAAACUACGAUUAUAACCCACUCCUCGAGUCUCUGGAGGGGAACUCAGGUUAUGGUCGUGGUGAUUAUUUUCUUGUUGGUCAUGACUUUCCUACCUACAUGGAUGCUCAGGCAAGAGUGGAUGAAGCUUACAAGGACAGGAAAAGAUGGAUUAAAAUGUCUAUCUUAAGCACUUCUGGGAGUGGCAAAUUCAGUAGUGACCGGACAAUAUCCCAGUAUGCAAAGGAAAUCUGGAACAUAGAGGAGUGCUGCGUACCACAAUUACGAUACCCUACUGUUACGCCUCUCUUGAGGUGCUUGAGGAGGAGGAAUUCCCAUAGCCUUUCUCCUAGACCAAGUAGAACCUCAAGGAGGAGCGUCUCUCGUAGCUCUUCAUGUAAGCGUGGAUGUUCUCGGGAGGUGGAUCUACGGCUCGGUGAUGGAGUACCGCAUGCACAACUGGGGGUAGCGCUUGGUGUACUGCAUCACAAGCACGACGCAUUCCGCCGCACCACCCCCAUUUCCCUCCCCGAAUCCAUCCCUCUGCUUGGUUCUAGCCUUGUCCAGAUCUCCACCUCUUUGAGUUUUCGCCCCCUUGAGUUGCGCCCUGCCACUAGCUUCCUCCCAGACAAAAAGCGAGAUCGCUUAGCAUGA